UCAUUCAAUAAUUUGUAUUGUCAAAUCAGGUCGCUUCUGACAUGGACUCUGCACUGAAUUUAGGCACUGUGUUUGUGACAUUUCUCAGCGACUUCAAAAGUGUAGUUCUUGUGUGAGCUUCAAGAAGUUUGUUACCGCGUCUUCUCUGCUUAUUAGGGUACCUUGUUUCAGUGAUGGCAUUGCAUGGCAAAGUGGCUUUAGUGACUGGUGCGGCGCAAGGUUUGGGAAAAGGUUUCUCAGAAAUUCUUCUACAAAACGGAGCAAAGGUAGCCUUGUUGGAUAUAAAUGAGUUAGGAGGGAAGGAUUUGAAGGCUGCCUUUGAUAAGGAAUAUGGACCAGACAGAACACUGUUUCUAACCUGCACUGUUGAAUCAGAGGAACAACUAAAAGAUGCCUUUCAGAAAACGGUAGAGACGUUUGGGGGCUUAGACAUCGUCUGCAACAACGCUGGUAUCAUCAAUGAGAAGAACUGGGAGAAAUGUGUUUCUAUAAAUCUUAAUGGAGUGGUGAGAGGCACAUAUCUUGCCCUCCAGCACAUGAAAAAGGAGAACAGAGGGCAGGGAGGGGUCAUCGUCAACGUAGCGUCUAUGGCAGGUCUGGGUCCUCUGAUGACUGCUCCCAUCUACACAGCCACCAAACACGGGGUGGUGGGGUUCAGCCGGGCUAUGGCGGAUGUCUCCCGUGUGUGCGACUACGGGGUGCGAAUUAACGUCCUCUGCCCUGCGUUCGUCCAAACCGCCAUCCUCGCCUCCCUGAGCUCAGAGGAGACUGCGGGACAGUUUGCCGGUCUGAGGGGCGUGGCAGAGAAACUACUGGAACAGUUUGGUGUGCUUGAAGUCUCUGAGGUAGCCAAGAACUUCUUGAAGCUGGUGACGGACGAGAGUCGAAACGGAGAGGCCCUUUCGGUACUGAAGGAGGGAGCUUCAUACGUAACGUUUCCCCAAGCGGCUUCCCAGCUACCCAGUAUCCUUGCCCCCUCUCUGUAGCAGAAUCCCCCCCCCCCAGCUACUGCUGUACUACCCAUUGUGGUGGCAGAAUUUGGGGUGAGCUGCUCUGUAGCCUGUUCUGUGUUGGACUGUGAUGUUAUGCCUUUCAUAGACUCCUGGUAUGUCUGCACCCUAACACAAGGCCAUUGUGUUCUGGAACUGUUGCUUGUAUAAAAUAACUGUUGUGUAAACAAUAUGAUUGUAUUAUCACCUCCCUCUAUAUAAGGGACAUUUACUCUUCAAGUUCUUCCCUGUGAAAUCAGAGAGAUCUCCCUCGCAGCUGCUUGAUUAAAGAUGUUUCUGUUGUGCAAUUAAA